AUGUCAUCGAAAAAUGAAGAAUUAAUUAAUACAAAUGGUAGUGGUCUUAAACGACACCAUUCAAUCGAAGAUCUUGAAUCUGUUAAAGAAGCCAAAACAGAUAAAACAUCAGAAGAAAAACGUGAUACAAAACAAAAUAAAAUAACAAAUAAUCACCAUGAAACAAAAAGUGAUACAGAACUUCUUGAAAAAGGAGAUAUUUUAUUCACAUACAAACCAAAAUUAAAUGUUGAUGAAGCUUUAUCUUUUGAUGAUGUUCAAUUAUUUCAUGUUUUAUUAAUACCAGAACAAGAUGAAAAAAAUCAAAAUGAUUUAUUAUCUAAAAUACGUUUAAUUAAAAUUGGAAGAAAGAAAUUACCAACUAUUGGAAAAGAACGUUUUUGGGCUUUUGUUGAAAAAGCUGAUAAUGAUAUAGAAAAAGUUGAAGAAAAACUUGAAGCUCAAACUUAUGAAACAGCUACAGUUGGUACACGUACAAUUAAAGCUGACCGUAUUGCUGGUAAAGGUAAAUAUAUUAUGGCUAAACAUGAUCAAAAUCGUACAGUUAUUGGUUAUGUACUUGAAUCACCAUCAGAAAUUGGUGAUGUACAGAAUGUAUUUAAUAUUACAAAAGAAGCUUCAUUUUCUGUAGCUGUUAAAAAUCCUCAGAAGAAAAAUCCACCUGGUGCUGGUCUUGGCCAAACUCAAAAAGCUGAAUUUCCAGAAAAAGUUCAAAAAAAAUUUGGUUCAUAUCAAUGGUUACCAGCUGAACCAGCAAUGCUUGAUAUACCUGGUUGUGAAAUGGUAUGGAUUGGUUCUUCAACUGAUGAUCUUGAAGAAUUGUUAGGUGAACUGGGUCGAGAAAUAGAAGAAGAAGCUGAUCCUGAAAUAACAGCAACUGAAGUUAUGAAAGAUGUUCAAUUAGAUGAAAAAGAACAUCCAAUACAACCACUUAUUGAUGGACAAUGGCCAAAAGAAGAAGAUGCACCUGAAAAAAAAGAACAUAAAGAAGAAAAUGAAAAUAAAAAUAUAAAAGACAAGAAAACAGAAGAAUGA